CAGUCACUAUCAUGACACAUCUUCAGCAUCAGGAAAAGCUUCCUCUUUGGAAGCGUUUUAUUUGCUAACCUUGCAAAGAGGUUGGCUCCUUGUUAUGGUUAGCAGUUUAGGAAGUGGUUUAAAAGCUCCUCGCAUCGGCAGGCAGACACUGUCGGGCUCUAACUGUGUGUCUACAGAGAUAUACAGACACUUUGUAGCUCAGGAGCUCAGCUAAAAGAGCGCUUCACAAGCUAAUAGGCGCUAACGCUAGCUAACGGGGGAGACCGUCACAUUUAAUGUCGGAGAGCAAUUGAGAAAAAAAAAAUAAGGGGGUAUCUGUUAUCCUGACACCUACAAGACAUGCUACGAAGAAUCAACACAAACAAGUCUGUAGAGGCACUGAAGUGAAAUUACUUGUACAGAUGAAGAUGAACACAUCCUUCCCAUGGUUUCCCAUGAAUCUCAGCUGGACUGGGAGGGUGUUGUGAGAAAGGAGAGAAGAGGAACGAGCACAAGGGUACUAUAAACAAGAGUCAUGAAUCUCCAUCAGGUCCUCACAGGGGCUGUCAACCCUGGAGACAAUUGUUUCUCUGUAGGCAACGUCAACAAUGUGCCAUUCACGGCCUACGCGUCAGGUUGUGACGUGGUAAUUUUGGGAAGUGACUUUGAGCGACUGCAGAUUAUCCCAGGGGCCAAACACGGGAACAUCCAGGUCGGCUGUGUCGACUGCUCACUGCAGGGUGGACAGAUUGCGGCUUCCUAUGGAAGCAUUGUGUGUAUCUUUGAGCCUGUUCAGCACCCAGAUCAAAAGGACACAUCUCUGACUAAGGUGAAUCGCCAAUGGCAGAAGACUGGUCAAUUUGUAUUAAAGUCAAUGGUACGGAACCUGGCCUGGCACCCCACAGGCAGCACUCUCUUAACUGGCUCUAGUAGCCUCCAGUUGUGGUCUCAUGUUGAUGGAGUAAAAGAUGAAGAUAAAGAUGAAGCUGAAGCUGAAGAAGAGGGAAAGCAGACAGAAAUGACCAUAAGAGACACUCAUUCAGCCUGGAGUUGCAUCUGGCAGAGCAAGACGGCCUCCCCAGUCAGUUUAAUGAAGUUCUCUCCUGAUGGGGAAUUCUUUGCUACUGCUGGACAGGAUGACUGCCUAGUAAAGGUCUGGUACAGCACCAGUAAGUGGAAGUCAGGUGUUUCGAGUCUCUUCACACCUCCAGAACCCAUUGUUGGUGUCCAGGGAGAGCUGGCCUUUUCCUUUGUCUACCUGGCCCAUCCCCGCUCUGUUACAGGCUUCUCUUGGAGGAAGACCAGCAAGUACAUGCCACGGGGUGCAGUGUGUAACGUUCUGCUCACCUGCUGUAAGGACAGUGUGUGUCGGCUCUGGGCUGAGACACUGUUGCCGGGUGACAGCCUCCUGUCUGGUUACCAUAACAACCACUCCUCUGGCCAACACAGUGACACACUCAGAUGUGCUGGCCCUAGGAAAAACACCUGCAAUGGCAAGAUGCAAGGAGGAACAGCGCAGGAAUUGAAUUUUCAAGAUUUGCUGCACUCCUCCUUUUAUCGGGAUGUGCCCCAGCCCUCCCUGACUGGCUGCCUGCCUCACCAUCAGAGCCGACACUACAACCACAAGAAGAGCAGCAGCAACAUGCCCCAUGCCAACGCUCUCUGCCACUUCCACAUAGCUGCCAGCAUCAACCCUGCCACCGACAUUCCUCUGCUUCCCUCCAUCUCCUCUCUGAGUGGCGUGGAUGACGAGGAGCCUGGAGGUCCUUUUACUGUCCACUGGCUCAACAACAAAGAGCUUCAUUUCACUUUAGCCAUGGAGGUCUUCCUGCAGCAGCUCCGAGGCAGCCUGGAGCAACAGAACGAAUGCUCCCAAGAAGAGGCUGAAGAUGAAGAUAACUUUAACGAAGAAGACUCCCAAGGACCUGAGGCCUUGGAGCUUCCUCUGGCAGCAGUGAAGCACCAGGUGGAUGUGUUGUUAGAGGAGUGGAACAAAGGCGCAGACAUGUUGUUCAGUAUCCAUCCCAUGGACGGCUCUCUCUUAGUCUGGCAUGUAGACUGGUUAGAUGAAUACCAGCCAGGCAUGUUCCGACAAGCUCAGGUGUCGUUUGUGUCCCGUAUCCCUGUAGCGUUCCCUACAGGUGAUGCAAUCUCCCUGAGCCACAGUGUGGUUAUGUAUGCCUGCAACAAGAACGUGGAUCUAGCUAUCCAACAUGGCAGACAGCGACCACCUGGGAGCACAUUGCCUCAAACCAAAUGUGCUCUAAUAAGCUACGGUGGUCAAGGAAAAGCUGCACCCAGCAGCAGUCUUCGACUAAGCAUUUUCACCCCCAACGUCCUUAUGAUCUCCAAACAUGCCGAUGGCUCCCUAAACCAGUGGGCAGUCAGCUUUGCAGAGGACUCUGCUUUCUCCACUGUGCUCAGUGUCUCUCACAAGUCACGGUACUGUGGCCACCGCUUCCACCUCAAUGACCUGGCCUGUCACUCAUUGCUCCCUCUCCUCCUCACCACCUCACACCACAACGCCUUGAGGACACCAGAGGUAGAUAACAUCCUGGCUCCUCCGGACGCCUGCUCCUCUGGUUUCCCUCAUUCAGCAUCUCUGCCACGUGGGUCACGGCCCAGCCGGGUUUCCCUGGGUGUCGUUUCCCAGGAUCCCAAUGCGAUCUACAGUGAGCUGAUUUUGUGGAGAGUGGACCCUGUUGGGCCACUGUCUUUGUCAGGCGGGGUCUCCGAGCUAGCUCGGAUCAAUUCUCUCCAUGCAUCAGCAUUUGCUAAUGUAGCCUGGCUGCCCACGCUCAUUCCCAGCAGCUGUUUAGGUGUGUACUGUAACUCUCCAAGCGCUUGCUUUGUGGCAAGUGACGGCCACUCACUCAGACUGUAUCAGGCUGUUAUUGAAGCUAAGAAACUCCUGAGUGAGCUCUCUAAUCCUGAGAUAUCAAAAUAUGUUGGGGAGGUGUUCAACAUCAUCAGUCAGCAAUCCACAGCAAAACCAGGAUGUAUUAUCGAGCUGGAUACCAUCACUGGUUUUCAGGGGAAGGAGACCCAGCUCCUGCAUGUUUUUGAGGAGGAUCUGAUCCUCGGGAGUGAGAGAACAGAAAGCACACAGGAAACUCCUGAUUCUCCCCACACUGCCUCUAGCCAGCCAGCCUUCUCGGCACGUUUUUUCCUCGUGGUGGUCGAAUUGACCCCAACAGGUCGCUCGCUCCUCCACAUGUGGCAUCUCCAUCUUGCUGCUCGACCCGUCACCAUGGAAGACACCAUGACGGAGAAGGAUGCCACUACAGCUUCUCCUUUGAACAGCUCUCAGUUUAACUUUGACACGUUCAGUUCUCCAGUAGCUCAGAAGAGUAAACCCUGCACUUCCAAUCUGCAGAGUGCAUGUCGCCUCAGCCUCACAACACACAGGCUAUACAGCCAGGAGAUGGCUCUGCCGGAAGGGGUGGAAGCCAUCAGUGUUACACCCUCAGCAGGUCACUUGAGUGCAUCAUGUUCUCUGCCAGCUGGUCGUGUGCCUUACCUCCUUGCUACUUCCUGUUCUGAUGGAAAGGUGCGCUUCUGGAGGUGUAAUGUCAUUGCGACAAAGCCUUCCAGUAUCGACAACUUGGUGUACCAAUGGGAGGAGUGGCCUCUCCUGGUGGAGGAGAGGUUUCCCAACAGCAGCGCAGUAAGUGUGCAAGGUCGCCCUAUAGAGGUCAGCUGCUGUCACGCUGGACGGAUUGCAGUUGCUUACAGGCAGAUGGCAAACACACCCCUGAACUUAACACCUCAUCUGAACUCACAUGGACUGCUCACUUCUCCUCCCAGCCUGGCUUCCACCCCUUAUGUGAAUUAUAACAACACAAACACUCACUUUACCCCAACCCUGACUGUACAGCGUAGCCCAAAUCUCACUCCAAGCUCCAACCUAGCAAACACUAGAGAACCAUUGGUCCACAUUGGCAUCUUCCAGUGCGAGUCCACUGGUGGGUCGCAGUGGAUUCUAGAGCAGACGAUAGUUCUGGACAGCACAGAUCCCACAGCUAACAAUGAUAAUAGCACAACUGGAAGUGCCAAUGUUCCAAGUAACAUGGACUUCUCUAUACCCAACGAGAACUGCCAUGGUUCUACUAGCAAGAGCCUGGUUCAUUUGGACUGGGUCUCCCAGGAGAAUGGGUCACAUGUUCUGACCGUUGGUAUUGGCACAAAGAUUUAUUUGUACGGCUGUCUCUCUGGGAAACCUCCAGAACUCUGUCUGUCAUCUGAUGCCAGUAGAGACCAGAGCUCGUCUCGACUGGUUCUGCUUCGAACAGUGGAUCUGGUCUCUUCUGUUGAAGGCUCGUUACCCAUUCCAGUCUCCCUCUCCUGGGUACGAGAUGGCAUCUUGGUAGCAGGUAUGGACUGUGAGAUGCAUGUCUACUCCCAGUGGCAGCCCCCAGCAUCACCCAAAUCCAAUGGCACAAUUGCCCAAGACACAGACAUCAGCAGCAGCAUCUCCUCCAUAACCUCAGCCGUUAGACAGAGCCAGGAGGAAGCUCUCAGCGCUGGGGCCCCCAUGUCUUCACUGGCCCCUCCCAAAAGGGCCCUGACAAGAUCAAUGAUGAGCCUGGCUCAGAAACUCAGUGGGAAGAGAACAGCUUAUGACCUGCCUCUAGAGAUGGAAGAUUCUGGGCUUUUUGAAGCAGCUCACCAACUCUUUCCCACUCUGCCUCAAUACCAUCCUGUACAGUUACUGGAGCUCAUGGAUCUAGGGAAGGUUCACCGUGCUAAAGCCAUCCUCUCUCACCUGGUAAAAUGCAUUGCUGGAGAAAUUGUGGCACUUAAAGACAGUAACUCUAAUCCCGAGAAGCGUGUACGCUCUCGAACCAUCAGCGCUGGAGGCAGCACAGCCAGGGACCGGAAGAUGUUCAGCAAGGCAGAGAACUCAAGCCCCGACUACACAGAGAUAAGCUCCAUCCCUCCCCUGCCUCUGUAUGCACUUCUGGCAGCUGAUGAGGAUACGUCACCAAAACCUGCUAAAGUGGGCAGUGUGAGUGGAGAUAGCGGGCAUGGUUCCAGUCACACUGACGCUUAUGAUGAGCUCUUUCAAACACCCAGCAUAGCAGACCUGGACCCUCUGGACAACAAUGAAGAAGAAACGGGGAACAAGGUCAUUGACCUGUCCCAGUACAGCCCGACAUACUUUGGUCCAGAACAUGCCCAGGUUCUGUCCAGUCACCUCCUUCAUUCCAGUUUACCAGGUUUAACCCGUAUGGAGCAGAUGUCUCUCAUGGCACUGGCCGACACCAUCGCUACCACAAGCACAGACCUCAAGGACAGCCAGGGCAAGAGCAAAGGUGGAGAGACGCUGGAUGAGUGUGGUCUGAAGUUCUUGCUGGCCGUCAGACUCCAUACCUUCCUCUCUACCUCCCUGCCUCCAGCACACCGAGCACAGCUGCUACGCCAAGGCCUGUCAACAUGCCAUUAUGCCUGGGCCUUCCACUCUGAAGCUGAGGAGGAGCUGCUGAACAUGGUGCCUGCCCUACAGAAGGGAGAGCCCACCUGGCCUGAGCUGCGCUCCAUGGGUGUAGGUUGGUGGCUGCGCAGCACCAACAAACUACGAAGGUGUAUUGAGAAGGUUGCCAGGGCUUCUUUACAGAGAAACAAUGAUCCUCUGGAUGCAGCUAUAUUUUACCUUGCAAUGAAAAAGAAGGCAGUGGUCUGGGGAUUGUACAGGUCUCAGAAGAAUGCCAAAAUGACAGAGUUUUUCCGCAACAACUUCAGCGAGGACCGGUGGAGGAAAGCAGCACUGAAAAAUGCCUUUUCUCUGUUGGGAAAGCAGCGGUUCCAGCAUUCUGCGGCUUUCUUCCUUCUAGCCGGCUCCCUUAAGGAUGCUGUGGAGGUUUGUAUAGAGAAAAUGCAGGACCUACAGCUGGCCCUGGUGAUCUCCAGAUUGUAUGAGUCUGAGUUUGAGACGGCAUCUACCUACAAAAAGAUCCUCCAGAGACAUGUUCUGGGACAAGACAAACAGAUUCAAGCGCACCAGGACCCGUUCCUGCGCAGCAUGGCUCACUGGGUCCUGGAAGAUUACAGCAGGGCCUUGGACACUCUACUCGAGCAGCCUGCUAGCAGCGCCAGCUCUGGGUCCACUGUGAACAAAUGUGAUGCUGGUUCCUCUCCUGUGUCUACAUGUAAUCCUGAGGUUUUCAACUUUUACACCUACCUUCGUACCCACCCACUCCUACUUCGACGCCAUUUUGGCUCUUCAGACAAGGCUAAAGUUGGUCUGACUGCUGAGGGUCGCAGGGCUGACUCCAUUAGCCUGGAGGAGAGAAGACUGUUUUUCACAGCUGCAUACGCACAUCUACAAGCUGGCUGCCCCAUGCUAGCACUUGACGUCCUCUCCAAGAUGCCCAAAGUCCGCAAGCAUUCCAAACUCACCACCCAGGAGGACACGGGCAUCGCUACUGAACUCAGUGUUGGCAGCAAGAACGGACAAACAUCAGACCCCGAUUGGUCUCAGCCCGCUCUGAAUGGGUACGAGUCCAAUGAAAACUUAUCCAACAGCCAGUCAGAUUCAGUGUUAAGUUUUGACUGGAGCCAGCCGUCGCUGACACUUCCAGACGAGUCCCUGGACUUGAAGUGGGACAGUGACAAAGAUGAUGAUGAGGAUGAAGAAGAAGCUAAAAAUGGCAAGAGCGGUAGAACUGCAGACAGCAGCAGCAUAUUCCAGGACACGCAGGAUACCAUGUCACCGCUAAUGGAGACAGUGACAGGAGAGGACAGUGAGGACAGUGAAGACUUCCUAGCACCAACGAAUGACAUCUUGGCCGCCCAGCUGAAGUUUACUGCCUGCUUGAAGAUUAUGACCAAUGAGCUCCGGACCCUGUCGACAGGGUAUGAACUGGAUGGAGGGAAGCUGCGUUACCAGCUCUACCAGUGGUUAGAGAGAGAGGUGGUGGCUCUCCAGCGUUGCUGCAGCUACAAGCCCUGCUUGCCAGAGCUGUCUGUCCAGGGUGAUGCCCCUGUUUCUGGGUUGGUGGAGGAGGAACAGCCCGGAAGUCCUCGUGGUGACAGCCAGAGGAGCAGGAGACACUGGCUGCAGAGUAACCAGCCCUUACUGAGGAUGUUUCUGAGCUACUGCAGCUUGCAUGGCUCCCAUGGUGGAGGACUGGCAUCUGUACGCAUGGAGCUCAUAUUAUUGCUUCAGGAGUCCCACCAGACGUUUGAUGAAAUUGCGCUUCUGUUUUUGCCUCUUGAGUGUGUGAGCGAGAGAGCGAGUCUAAGAGUCCAUGUGAACCAUUUCACAGGAAUCGUGUAUCAGAGUGUGUUGCUGUCUCAGAAGCAGCCAGUCAGAACCGUCAGCAUGGAUGACUCUGUUCAGCCCAACACUUCCCCUGGACAAUGGCCAGGCAUCACUUCUCUGAUUCGCCUGUUGAACUCAGCAGGUGAGGAGAGCCAGCCAGGUUUAGCUGUGCUGCUCUGUGAGAUCCUGACUGCUGUCUUCCUCAGUCUGUUUGUUCACGGCAUGGCCACUCACUCCAGCAACGAGCUGUUUCGCAUCAUGGCCCACCCCCUCAACAGCAAUCUUUGGGUGACGGUGUUCGGAGGAGGCGCCCGGAUCCCUGUCAUAGAGAAACCCAACAGCCCAUCAAGAACACCCCCACCAGCCUCACCAAGCGGCUCAGACAGGAAGACGAGACGAUUCAGGCUUCUGUCAUCGCGCAGUGGAUCCAGAGAGGAGUCUGGGAUAGAGCGGGAGGGCCCUUACAGUCCCAAGCAUGGCCCUUUGUUCGAACAAGAAGCUACCUCCAUCUUUAAAGAACGAUUUGUCCCCCCAGACCUCAGCAUUUGGGAUUACUUAAUUGCCAAGCCUUCACUGCCACCAUCAGAAAGCAGAAUUGAAUAUGACUCGGAGGAGAGCCAGGGCAGUCAAGACGAAGAAGAUGAUGAUAAUGAAUAUGAAGAUGUGUUUGACCCCAACUCACCGCAAAGAGAGCAUUCGAAUCACAAUUCAUACAGUUGGUGUUUGAUGCGUCUGGCAAUGGUUCAGCUGGUGUUGGUUAACCUCAAGUCCUUUUACCCAAUGGCAGGAUAUGAUCUAUUAGAUCUGCCUGUGGGCUCUCCUCUGUGUCACGCUGUGCUGAAGACGCUGCAGCGCUGGGAGCAGGUGCUGCAGAAAAGGCUGGAAAUCUUCGGGGGCCCCCCUUCCAAGUACAUCUUCACCCACCUCCAGGAUGAAACGGCCACACCUGGUCCCGCUCUGCUCAGACACAAGGCCCUGUAUGAACCGUCCAACACCCCGUUCAGGACUAGCCACCCAUCAGCGCUGCCAGUGAAGCGACUGUGGCAGUUUCUGGUCAAGCAGGAAGAAGUGCAGGAGACUUUCAUUAGACACAUCUUUACCAAGAAACGGGACCCGAAUGAGUCGGGUGAGGACCAGACUGACAAUAUGAAAUAUUCAGGAAUGGAGGAGACAGGAAACCAUAAGACUGAGUCAGAUCAGGGCUCCCCCGGAGGAAAGGCACGCAUCAUCCACAAGGAAUCGGACAUCAUCACAGCCUUUGCCAUCAACAAGGCAAAUCGUAAUUGUUUAGUCAUGGCCUCCACUCAUGACAUCCAGGAGUUGGAUGUGUCAUCCAUCUUGGCCACACAGAUCUUGACAUGGAUUGAUGACGAUGAGGCUGAAACCAAAGGUGUUGGUGGUGAUGACUUCCUGGUGGUCCAUGCACGCGAUGACUUUGCCGCCCUCCACGGCACCACGCCGUACACUCACAGUAGCCCCGGCACACCCAUCAACAUGCCGUGGCUGGGAGGAGUGCAGACGGGCCGAGGCGCAUCUGUGAUGAUCAAGAGAAAUAUAAACAAUGUGAGAAGAAUGACCUCCCAUCCCACACUGCCUUACUACCUGACAGGAGCUCAGGACGGUAGCGUGAGGAUGUUCGAAUGGGGUCACUCCCAGCAGAUCAUCUGCUUCAGAAGUCCAGGCAACUCCAGAGUAACCAGGAUACGGUUCAACCACCAGGGAAACAAGUUCGGUAUUGUAGACGCUGAUGGAGGUUUGAGUCUCUGGCAGACCAACACAAGCGGGAAUGCACCCAAACCAUACCUGACUUUGCACUGCCACAACAAGACAGCUCACGACUUUGUUUUUGUGGGUUCCUCCUCCCUCAUUGCCACUGCAGGUCUUUCAACAGAUAACCGGAACGUGUGUCUGUGGGACACUUUGGUGACUCCUGCGAACAGUCUUGUUCAUGCUUUUUGCUGCCAUGAGUCCGGUGCUACCGUGCUCGCGAUGGCCCCCAGGCAGCAGCUGCUUAUCACAGGCGGGAGGAAGGGCUGGAUCAGCGUCCUGGAGCUUUCCCACAAGCACCAACGCCAGAGCUUCCAGGCCCACGACUCGCCGGUCAAAGCACUGGCUGUUGAUCCGACUGAGGACUGCUUUAUCAGUGGAUCAUCUGAGGGCAACAUCAAGGUUUGGAGCCUGACCACACAGUGUCCGCUCUACACCUUUCCAAACGAACACGCUCGCCAGUCGCUGUUCAGGAACCUCGGCACGGGUGUCAUGCAGAUCGAGGUCGGACCGACCAAUCACAUCUUCUCCUGUGGCGCCGACGGAACCAUGAAGAUGAGGAUCCUCCCCAACCGCUUCAGUGUUGUCAGCAACAACAACAACAACCACGGCAACCUCAAGAACGAUGUCAAGUUCAUCAUUUAGACAAAUGUAGAAAAAUAAGGUGUUAAAAGCAAUUUAAGUGAAUAAUGUGAAGUGCAUUUUAUGAUCGAGCAGCUGUGGAAUUACCUGAAUACCAUCAUGGCUUCAUUUUUGGGAAAACGAUGCCAUGACGAGAACAAUGAUGUCAAGUGUUAUCAGUGUAAAUGACGGUGGAUUAUUCAUAGGAUUUACAGACUCUCGCAGAGUGAGAGCGUGUCGUCUGAUCCGGGGGCCCAAGAGUGACCACGCGUGGAAAACGAUCGCGGUCUGCAGUGCUCUGUGUGGGACUUGGACCGAAUGUAGGAGCCUCUACAUGUGUUUUAAACAGUAGCGGAAAUUUAAUUGGGGCACAGGGUAACGACCGAUGGCGCAGUCAAUCGAAAUAAAUCGUAAGAGAGACAAAAACCCAGCCGGAUACUCUCCUAAACAAACUCUGUCUACUGAACAGCCUGCGGAGAGCCUUUCUUUUUCUUUUUUUUGCACAGUAAGAGAAGCUGUAGAAGGAAGCAGGAGUGACGAGACUGUGAAGAGUCUAAAGCUGCAGCAUUGUUCUUCUCAUACCAUAUCUCUCAGUUCGUAUUAGUGAAGCAGUCGUGAUAGUGGAAACUCUUCUGGAAUCACUGCUGGACUGUUAAGGUGAUUUUAAAAUACAGAACUGUGUACGCAGUGUUUCGCACAGGGAUGAUUAGCGAUCCCUUUAGGGGUUUGAACGUCACCACAAUACUGUACGACACUGUUAAACCCACUCAGCACAAUGCAGUAAGGCCAGUGGACGUCGUACAAAGCACAUUAUAUCCAGUCACAAAGAUUCACGGCGCAUUGCGGUGCUCCAUAUACAUUUCUGAACACAAAUGAAAAGCAGAGGACCAGGUGUUUAUCACGAUCGAACCACACUUUAGGAAGUUUCAUAUCAUAAUUAUUGUUUAAUGUUUGAAUUUUAGGCUGAUGCCCCUUCCCAGCCUGACUUGAAAUGAACACAUGAAACUUAGUUUUUUUUAUAAAUAUGGAAAUAACACAAUCUUAAAUUUAAAGCAAUAGUUUGGCAUUUUGCUUUCUAGCUGUUAAAUGAGAAGGUUGAUAACGCUCUCCUGGUAGUCCCUUAAACGUAAGGCUACAGUCAGCAGCUGGCUAGCAAAAAAAAAAUCAGUUUUAUGGAUUAACUAGGUAUAUAUAAAAAAAAGCAUAUCUCCUAAAGUGUAGAAAUAAUCUUAAAUUUGUGACUUGGCUUUACAUGUGUGCCACUACCGAGCGUUUUCUUAGUUUUAAUGGACUAACUGAAUGAAUGGGCCAUUUCUCUUACUCUAUUUGCACAUAAAAAUUAAGCUAAAUUAUAUGUAGUGUAAUGCAUAUAACUAUGUUGGGAAAGCAGCCCAUGCCUUUGGUAAAAAGAUUAAUAUAUAUAGUAUGAUGUUCGGUUAUCCAGGCCUAGAUUUAACCAGUGGUAUUAUUAUUAAGUGUCCUUAAGCUCUGAAAACUACUUCUGCCAUGCUGGCACAGUACUACAGUACUGUUGGUCCUGAUAAUUAUUAUUGGUAUUAAGUUGCACAAAGUAGCUUUAAUUUAACAACGCUGGUGUGAGACAUCAUGGAUAAUAACUUUCCUGGCUGCGUUUUUAUUUUUAUUUUUUCAAAUGUUCACUAUUAAGCUUAAGAACAUGUAGCAGGAAACUUUGCUGUUGACAAUGUAAAG